AUGCACUCGCUGUUGAUACUCUACGGCAGUGAGACCGGAACAGCGGAAGAUGUUGCUGAAAGCCUUUGGAAGGAAGCAAGAUUGUUGGAUGUGCCUGCACGAUUGUUUGGUAUGGAUGAGUAUGACGUUGAGAAUUUGCCAAACGAGCAUGCUGUCGUUUUUGUUGUGGCAACAACAGGUCAAGGGGAAAUUCCUCCGAAUAUGCGCUCCGCAUGGCUACGUAUGUUACGAAAAAGUCUUCCUCGUGAUUGGCUACAACGUAUAACUUUCGGAGUAUUUGGAUUGGGAGACUCUUCCUAUCAAAAAUACAACUUCGCGUCGAAAAAGCUUUACCGAAGGUUGAUUCAACUGGGUGGAAACUCCUUACUUAGCAUUGGCCUGGUAAGACUAUACGAAUUUCCUUUCGAGUUUUCUGUUGCAGCUGAUGAUCAGCACGAGUUGGGUAUUGAUGGAGCUUUGAUACCAUGGAAGACGGAAUUUUGGGAGAAACUGCGUUCGACUGGUUUGUUUGAUAACAUGAAGCCAGAAAUUGAUCACUCAACUAUCGUUCCUCCAAAAUAUCAGCUACUAUUCGAGAGCGAUAGCCCUGAAACUCGAGUAAAAUCUGAUGCGGAGUCAUACCACGAGGUUGUAGUGGACUCUAAUUGCCGAGUAACAGCGACUGAACAUUUCCAGGAUACUCGUCUUGUGAAGUUCUCAAGCACUGAUCUUCCACCGUAUAUUUAUGAUCCAGGCGAUGUUCUCAUGGUUCAGCCUUGUAAUUUAAGUGAAUCAAUUCACAUAGCGUUAGGGGCCCUCAAGUAUCCGGACGAAGUGCUGGAUCGUCCUCUGCAAUUGCUUCCGUCAGACGAAUUUGUGAAGCUUCCACCAAAAUGGCUCAUAGGAACAAAACCCACUUUACGCACAUGCUUCCUUCGCUUGUUCGAUUUGCAAAUGAUUCCACGAAAAUCGUUUUUCCUGACUUUGGCUUCGAUAUCGACUGAUCCCGACGAAAAGGAGAAGUUACUCGAGUUCGCCAGUCCGCAAGGCCUAGAUGACUAUCUUGACUAUGCGGUAAGAUGUCGCAGAACAACGGCUGAAGUGCUUCGAGACUUCUCGACGACGUCGGCCGCAAUCCCACCUGAGCGUCUUUUUGACUUGUUCACUAACAUUCGCCCAAGGGCUUUCAGUAUUGCCUCUGCGCCUUCGAAAAACUCUAUUGAGAUUCUGGUAGCGAAGGUGGAAUACAAAACUCGCAUGGCAGAGCCGAGGCGCGGACUAUGCAGCACGUUCAUUUCACGAUUGAAACCUGGAGAUAAUGUGUUCGUCAAGAUACGACCGGGCACUUUCAAGUUUCCAGAGGAAGAUAAACCAGUGAUUUGUGUGGGUCCUGGAACGGGUGUUGCCCCAUUUCGAAGAAAAAAGUUGGAUUUCUACUUUGAAUCCGAGUGGAGUGAGAUGCCUAGUACCCAGGUAUUCACUGCAUUCAGUCGGGAUACACCAGGUCAGAAGGUUUAUGUGCAGAAUUUGAUUUUGAAACACGCUGAUGAGGUUUGGGAUAUUAUUGGACGGGAAGACGGAUUUGUGUUCAUAGCCGGAAGUGCAGGAGAUAUGCCUAAGGAUGUUGGCGCUGCACUGGAAGCAGUCGCAUCUGAUCAUGGAUACACAGAAGGCACUUUCCUGAAGAAAUUGGAGAGCUCAGGGCGUAUACAGUAUGAGACGUGGUCAUAG